CAAACCAGACUUCAUACAGGCUAAGCAGUGUGCUGUCACUGAACCAUGCUCCAGUCUCUUGGGUUUUAUUUCCUUUGCCAAGUGUGUGAUUGCAGCGUCUAAUCAGUUUCAUUUGAAUCAAGUGUCUGGCUGUUGUCGCUGCUGAUGACCGUACUGGGCUCCCGUAGUGUAAAUAUGUUUUAGAGAAGACUUUUCUCACUCAGAACUAAGGCAUGGAACAGGAUGAGCCUGCCGGCAAACCAACUCAAGGAGCUCAGCCAGGAGUCUCUGCCCGCCAACCAACUCAAGGAACGCAGCCAGGAGUCCAGGAUCUUGGGCUUUGACCCGGACAUUGUAGUGGAGCUGAACGUAGGUGGACAGUUCUACACCACCACUAUGGGCACCCUGAUGAAACAUCCAGGCUCAAAGUUCUCUGAGAUAUUAUCCCGAUCAGCAAAAUUCUACAAGGAUGCCCACGGCCGCUUCUUCAUUGAUCGCCCUGGCACCUACUUCGGGCCUAUCCUGGACUACCUACGCACUGGGCAAGUGCCCACAGAGAACAUUCCUGAGGUUUACCACGAGGCUAAGUUCUACCAGAUCCAUCUCUUGGUGAAGGUUUUGGAGGAUAUGCCCCAGAUCUUCGGUGAGCAGGUGGCUCGCAUGCAGUUCUUGCUGGGAGUGCCAAACUACAGGGAGAACCUGGAGGUCCUGUUACACCUGGCUCGGGCAGAGGCCGUGGCAAUGCGCUCGUCCAAGGUGGUGGUGUGUGUGGUGCACACGGAGGAGGAGGAGGCCAAGUGCGUGGAGCCGCUGCAUAUCCUGGAGGCCAAAAAGACACCCGUCGUCAAAUUUGGGCCCUGGAAGGCAGGCCCUGGGUCGGAGGACUUUGUGUACUGCCUGGAGAAGGACAUUAGAGCCAAGGGGUAUAUGGUGUCCCCUCAGAGGUACCAUCUGAGCAAGGACCCCUAUACAUGCUUCUGGAUAUUCAUCUUCACUUGGUGGUGAUCCCUAGGAGUGGGGGCUGUUUGUUGGUGGAACUUGUGAAACCAGGUGCCACCACAAGCCAAGUUCUAAAGCUGGGCCUGUAGCUCCAGUACUUAGGAGGCUGAGGAAGACUAACCACCAUGAGUUCAAAGCUAGCCUUGGAUAUAGAUUGAGACCCCACCGAGACAGCUCAGGAGAGGUCAGACUGUCCUGACUCCACACCUGUUCCCCUCUGGAGCCUCAUCCUGCUGCCUGGAAUAAAGGAGGGUUUCUCCUGUCUUCUGGGAAAUGAAGCUUAUCAAAUGUUUAACAGAUCAAAGGGUUCCUCCUUGCUUGCUGGGAAAUAACCCUGAUACAAAAACUCCUCUAGCCUGCACCUGGUGUGAUGUCACUGUGUUUUGUCUUUAUAAAUCCUGUAGUGCUCAAGUUAGGGGCCAAAAGUUCUUUGCGGCAGGACUGUCACCACAGCCACAGAUUAAAUAAAGGAUUCUGA